GGGACACGCACCCUCGACCUCAACGUCGCGAUCCCUCUUCAUUUGUGAACUUCUCUCGCAACCAACUCACCCCACCACCCCACCCCACCCCACCCCACCACCAAUAUGCCCAAGUCGCAAGCGAGCCCCCGUGAUUCGAUGACGGCCGUCCGCAAGUACCAUGCCUUUGUGAUUGCGCGGCUUUUGAACGACAGCGCAUCCAAGCACCGCGUGCCUCACACGACGAUUGCCAACAAGCUCGCCAAGGUCGCGCUCAAGAUGGAAUAUCGCAUCUUCAAGCUCACGCGCGGCCGCCUCUUGGACGAAAAUGCCAUCAAGCUCUACUUGACGCACUUGACGCAGCAGGCGCACCGUCGCCACCGCCGCCAGCUGCAGUCCGAAAAGACCGAAAUGAUCAAGGUCGCGUAGAUCCGAGCGCAGGAUCGGCGUCUCUAUUUAUUGACUUCGUAAAUUUGAAAUUGAAAUAAUAAUAAAAAAUCCCACGACGCCUCUUCGUCGAUACUGCUUGGAACGAGG